CUGUCCACUGUAUUUCAACGACAGGACCUGUACAUUUGGGUAAAUUCCUCUCUCCCAGAGGGGUUUUAAGUAUGAUAGAACGAGGAUUGAUUCCACCAACAGCAAAGAUUACCCUUCAGAAUCCGCCCAUUGUACCCAGAGCGGCUACUCUGCAUAAAUUUGGUGAAUCACAUAAGACUCCAACUGCUGGCCCUUUGGGUGCAGCUCAAAAACCAAAGCCGAUUCCAAAAGUAGUGAAGGAGAUCUCUCCCAAGAAACAAAAAGCAAAGGGGAAAGGCAAAAGGACAAGACUAUCUAUGGAGAGGAAGAGCUUGAAAUUCACACCACCUUCCAAAGCGCUGAAAUCACCGUGGGAUCACGACUUCUUUAUUCAUCAUGGCGUCAUAGACAACGCAGCCCCGGACUUCAUCGCAUUCAAGUCACAUUUUAUUUUAUCCUGGGGAAGUAUCUUAUCUCUCUUGGAACACAUCGAGAAGUUCCUCAGGGAAUAUGCCAUCCCAGAGGUCAAGAUCAAAGGGAACAGUUUGGUAGCCCUCCUCCCAGAGUUUGAGCUGAAGAAUAAACUUACCAGAAAUGACCUCCUCUCAGUGGUAGAGAACCCUCUUCCCAUCCAAAAGAUGUUAACUGUUCCUGGCCAGAGAUACAAAGGGCAAGGCGGGAAGUUAAACGCUGCCAGCAAGAUCCAAGCCACAUGGAAAUGCUACAAAGCAAGGAAAUACUUCCACGUUUUCCGCCAGCAGAAGUGGGCGUCGGGCGUGAUUGCCAUCGCGUGGCUCCUGCACUGCCAUAAGACACGACUGAGGAAGAUCCUGAAGGAGUCACGUGAGAGGCACCUGCAGAAUUUCCGCAUUCGAGCCAAGCAUCUGGCAGCCAACUGGAAUCGCAUCAGGACCUCCAGGAGGACUAUUAUCCAUAUCCCAUCAUUAGGUUAUACCCAGCCUGUGCGACAAAAUAUUGCCAACUUCGACACUCUACAGAACAUGCAGUUGGGGCGGCUGUGUGACAUCAUAGAUGCCAAUGUAAGCGUCAUCUACAUCUGCUCCCAUCAGAUGGAUGAAGAGUUACUUCUGUAUUACCAUAAAGUCCUGAGUCUACAGGCAGCUGUCAAAUCGGGGAACCUUGAGGACAGAAGUGACCUGCAGGACAGGUUCAAAAUUAUCACCCCGGAAGCUAUAAAGAUCUUCACUAUGAUAGAACAGCUGACUCAGCUGAUCAUCGAUCACCCGGAAAUCCAACGCUGGCUCUUUAAAAUGGACUAUGAAUUUGGAGGAAAUGGGACUGCGUUUUGUGACAUUCUUUCCCACCUCCAGUGCCAUGACUGGCUCCUAAAGGAGUAUAACAAAUACAGCCGUGAAGACUGGCGCAAGAAAUGGGCACAGGAGCCAGCUUUGAUGAAGAUCUCCGAGGAGCUGGCGGGCCUUUUAGCACAGCACGCUCAGCCAGUCAAUGGGAAACGCUUCCCCACGUGGAGGAAAUUCCUCUCCACACUUCUCAGUCAAGGAGGUGUGGUCGAAGCAUACCCACCUGUGGAAAGUGUCACCAACCUGACGGUGGACAUGCUCAUAGAGCCCAACGGAGAAAUCAGAGUGCUGUCCACGGGGGACCAGUUGCAUGCAGAGGGCCCCUUCAUCUCCUCUGGUACCACCAUGCCUCAGGCCUCAGUGAAUUCCCAAGUUCUUAUUUCUUUGUGCCUCCAAAUUGGAAAAGCUUGUAAACUGAGAAAUGUGGUCGGUUACUUUUCUAUAGACCUGGUGACCUUUAUUGACCCAAGCACCAUGGAACAGCAGGUGUGGGCAACAGGCCUCGACCUGGCGUACAGCGACCAGCUGGCCCUGACUCAGCUCGCCUUGUACCUGACCGACGGCCACCUGGACUGCAGUAUCAGCACCCUGACAGUGCCCCCGCGCUUCCCCAAGGAAGAGAAGAAGAAGAGCCCCCUGACUGCCCUGUCCGUGCCGAACAAUCGGUGA